AUGCAGAGGGAAACUAAGAAGGUAAAGGAGAAAGAUGUGGAGAUGGGUUCAUCCGAUGACAGUGCAGUCCAAGUGCUUAGUACACAAGAACAUCAAGAUACCAACACGCAGGAAACUGAGAAUGAUCAAGAAAUAGAUUCCAAAAGAGAUCAAAAGCAAGCGUCUGUGGAAACGAAGCGCUCUUACGCGACGAUGGUUGUUAGAACAUCUAGUAUCCCAAGAUUACAAGAAAACACCUUCAUUGAAGAGGAUAUUACCAUUCUAGAUGGUGAUGUAGAUGUUGAUAGCAAUGGCCCAUUCCCAAGAAUUAAGUUCUCAAACAGAAUCCACGAGAUUAUUGAUAGGAACAUGAGGUGUACGGUGCUUCUUGGGAAAAGAAUUGGUUAUAGAGCCAUUUACAGCAGAAUCUUGUUACUAUGGAAACCUAUUGGAAACAUUAGUCUUGUUGAUAUUGAUAGUAAUUGUUAUCUAGUGAGGUUUGAUAGAGAAGAUUGCUACGUUAAAGUCCUAGCGGAUGGCCCUUGGACGAUCUAUGGCAACUACCUUACGGUGCAGCCUCGGAGCAGAAAAUUCUCCAUAUGGGAAAAGCACCCAUCGCAGGUUAUAGUUUGGAUCGGACUCCUCGGCCUCCCCUACAGGUACUACACCAAAAUGCUGAUCAGAUCUAUAGCCGGCUUAAUUGGAAAAGUCUUAAAAGUAGAUUAUAAAACCAAUGUCGGUGAGAGAGGUCUAUUUACAAGAAUAGCGGUUGUCGUCAACCUAAGCAAACCGUUAAUUUCUUACAUUGGUAUUGAUAACUUCAUCCAAAAGAUUGAGUACGAAGGCCUACAACAGAUUUGUUUCAGCUGCGGCAGGGAUGGCAAACAAGUGAUAACUGCGGGCUAUCUAAAGAAAGCACACAACCGAAAGAUAAUACAUCUACACAACAAUCGCAAUAACCAAAUAAGAGCAAUACUGGGAAUAGCCCAUUUGUUCCUUGAAUGA